AUGGGCUGGUUCUGGGCAGAAGGUCCGGCUAAACCAUCAUCGACUCCUCUCGUGGCGCCUCACCCCAUACCUCAGUCCGGCGCAACCCCUCCUCCAGAAUGUCCUAUGCACAAACCAAAUCAGCCAUCGCCUCUCAGACAGCGCAUAGAGGCUAACAAGAAAUCUUCGACACCACCCUUACCAUCUUCCGCAGCGUCGUCCUGCCCCGUCAAAUCGCCAUCUCAGGCGGCGAGGUAUCCUACAUCACCAGAUGUGCCGAUAGAUUCUCCACAGAAAGCGCCCUCAUCAUGGUCAGCCACAUUGAACCCACUCAACUAUAUGCCUACGUUUAAGAAUGAACGUUCUAGUGACUCGCCUCAAAGCGUUAACCUACCACUCGAGAGGGAACUUUCAACCAUUCCCAGAGGAGAUUCCGACUCGAAUUGGGAAUAUCCUUCGCCACAGCAGAUGUACAAUGCUAUGUUGAGAAAAGGUCACACUGACACCCCAGCUGAAGAUGUCGAGUCAAUGGUGGCUGUGCACAACUUCCUAAACGAGGGUGCUUGGAACGAGAUUGUCGAGUGGGAGAACAUCUUUGCAAAAGGUCUUGGUCAAGGUUGGGAGAAGUGCAAGCGUGGAGAACAGGGUCUGGCCAUGGAGCGAGCGAGACGAGAAUAUCUAAGAGAACUACAAGCUGAAAGAAGACGUGCUGCUGGACUACCAGAAGACAAGUCCUUGGAUACAGAACAACCAAGACUGUUACGAUUUCAAGGUCGACCUCAAGAACCCACUCCAAAAGCCAGGAUAUUACAACAACUGGCCAAAACUUUCCCCAAUCGAUUCGGGCAGGAGCCUCCUUUCGACAGACACGAUUGGUACGUUGCGCGAAAGCAAGCAGAUGGCUCGAUCAAGGAAGUUCGCUAUGUGAUCGAUUACUAUGGUGGUGGCCUUCAGGCUACUGGCGAGCCUGUCUUUUACCUCGAUAUCCGUCCUGCGCUGGACACACCUACUGCGGCUGCUGAGAGGGUGAUUCGAUGGGGUUCAGAUGUAUGGUAUACUGCCACAGGUUCAGGUAUUCGCGAGCAGAUCAAACAACAAGAAGCUCAAGCCAAAGCAAAGGCAUAG